GAAAGUAGUCGAAAAAUGCACGAAAUCGUCGGCGAAGGAAUUGCAAGUGAUUCGCAUCGGAGGAUGGAAAAGCGCGAAGGAGGGACGCUUGCGCUAAGGGAGACCGCGUACUUUCAUUUCGAGCGGCCACCUGUGCUUGCGCUCACACACUCCUACCCCAUUCAACCAUCCCAAGCCCUGCCCUAUACUAUAUAUACGAAGACAUUCUCGAUACCAUUUCACUUCUCAACGUUACCACCGCGUCGGACUCUCUACAUUUCCAAGAUCGUAUCUGCUUCGACAAACGGACUCGCAACGAUUCCUCGCUUAUUCUUUCACCCCUAUUUUACUUGGAAAUUUGAUAAGAUGUCGAUCAAAUUCUACGCAAAAUCACUCUUGCUAUUUAUUAUCGUUGGCCUUGUUGUCGCUGCUGAAAAUUACAUAGAUUACGGAGAUGAAGUGACAGAAAAAACACCAAUUGAAAAUAUUCGCGAGAUUUACAAAAUUCUGAUGCAACGUAGCGCUUUGGAGAAUGCCAGACUCGGCGAGACUCCGCUAGAACAUUUGAUGAUCCGUAAAUCUCAACGAUCGCCUUCGUUACGUUUACGUUUUGGACGUUCGGAUCCUCGUCUGUCGCAAUUCUACCAAAACCUAUAAGCGUUAUUUCAUCGAGAUUCGACAACGAGCGAACACGGAUAUGAAUAACAUUCUUCCGUUUCUCUUACCGUAUAUAUAAAAAUCGUACAGAAUGUACAACCUACAUCUAAUUAUAUUGUAACAUUACGCGAUCUGCUAGAAAAUAGAAAUUAUUUUUAUUCUUCUUCUUUUAUUCCUUUUAAACACGAUGAGAAUUAAAAACAUUAUCCAUAAUUAAAAUAUUUUCCAUACAAAAUAUUAUAUUUUUGAUGGUUCGUUAUGUAAAGUUAAUUUUUGCUUUGAUAGUAAACGGUAUAAAAAUAUAAUAGACGGUGUAGUGUUUGAAAAGAAAAUCGACAUUCGAAAUUACUAAUAAAAUGGACACAAGAGAAAUUUACUACAUCUUUUACAUUACGUGAUUAAUUUGUAUCUCCUUGUUUAUUAAGUUAGCAAUUUUAAUUUAUUUUACGUACAUAUAUCCAGUGACACCAUUUGUUAAGCAUAUGUCUCAACAUUAUUUACGUUAUACGUAUACGCUAUACAUAUAUAUAGGAACAACACGUUCGUCCCUUGGAAGAGAACAAUUUUUUUUCAGCGUUUUGCUGAAGUCAAAAAUUAAUGACAAGAAUGGAAAACAACCAUCACAACGGAAAAUUAAUACUUAAUUUAUUUUCAACUUUUUAUUAUCGUUAAUUUCAUUUCUUUGAGCACGAAUCGUUGAAACGAAAAGAUCAAAAUGUCGGAGAUUGAAUUAUUUAUUUGACUCGAUUUCCAAUGUUUGUUGGUGUCGAUCUGCCGAUUCGGACUAGGAAGUAUACCUAUUUAAUAAUAAAGCGUACUGAACGUGGAAAUAAUAACAAGGCUUACUCGAGAUGCAAGUAUAUUUAAUGACAAGGCAUAAUAUGAUAAUAUCGAGAAUUUCAACAGAUUGAAACGAAGAAAUGUGAGUUUGGGUUUUUUGUAAACUUUGGAGUGAAAAUUUAUUAACUACGUAUAAUUACUUGACACUUAAAAUUAAUUACAAGGUAUAAAAAAGUACGUUCAUUGCACUUUUACGUUAUUUCACUCACAUAGAGAUUUCAAGCAUUACGUUUAAUACGUAUAAUUUCUCAACAUUUCUGGCUCAUGCCCUAAGUUUGCAACGAAGAAAAUUUUAUAGAGAACGAAAUUUGAGUCUUAGAAUUAGUUAAAAAGGUUUAGCUUAUCUUAAGCUAUAAUUUGAACGUUUAAUAUGAUUUCAUGAUACUUAAUCGUUACUUAAAGUGUGCCGUUUUUAUGGAAGAACAAAGCUUCUUAAGCGAACACGCGGCUUCUUUAUCUUCGUGAAUCAAUUCGCCGACAUUUUUAAAUUCUGGUCGUGAUAAAAGUUGGCUUCGUGCGUGGUCAACGGUAAUAGAAAGUGGCAUUCUUAACAUUUUUCUCCAAUUCGUUUUCUCAUAUUGGAUAAGAAACUGUAAGAGGAUGAUUUUGUUAUUCUUUGUAAAUAUGAUAAUACGUAUUUUACUUUACAUAAAUAUCGAUAUCAACAGAGUUUGAAUACUUUUACCGGGAAAAAUGUAUUAUGUAGUUCAGAUCGUUCAGACUAUACUAGCCAAUAUAUGCAUGAUUUCGACAUAUCUACUAAUUUGUUUCCUUAGAAAUGUCAAAUAAAUUUGCUUACUGUUAUCCUGUUUGCCGUACUGCUUUAUUUCUAUUAAAUGCGAACUAUAUCGCGUUUUUAUUUACGAAAACCGAAAACGUCCUUACUAAAAUUGUUUCGUGAAUAAAGUUUCUAAUUAUAAGACAAUUCGAUCAAUGGAUAAAGAAUAUAUAUGUACAUACCAUUGUAUAUUUUACAUUAAUCACUCUAUCUACUUUAUGUACGUUUGCAUUACUUGGUUAAAUUUUUAACCUUAUUUUAUUCGAACUUUGUAACGUAACUAUUUUAAUAAAGAUCUAUAUGCUCCCUCGA